AUGUCCGAUGUACUGGAUUGUGAAUUUCCCGUAUGGGGAUUGCUACCUAAGAAAGAAACAGGAGCCUAUCAAUUUUUAUCUAGGUAUCCUGAAUACGAUGGUAGGGGCAUCGUAAUUGCAAUUUUCGAUUCGGGAGUUGAUCCUGGUGCUGCCGGACUAAAGACGACAAGUGAUGGAAAGGUGAAACUCAUUGAAAGAUUUGAUUGUAGUGGAGCUGGGGAUGUUAAUACUUCGACAAUAGUAGAAGCCAAAAAUGGAGAAAUAACAGGUCUUACUGGAAGAACAUUAAAAAUCCCUAGCGUGUGGAAAAACCCUAGCGGAAAAUUUCAUAUUGGAAUAAAAAAUUUGUUUGAUUUGUAUCCUAAAAGUCUUUUAGAAAGAAUGGAAAAAGAAAGAAAAGAAAAAUUGUGGGAUCCAAUUCAUAAAACAGUUUCUGCUGAAGCUUCUAGAAAAUUACAAGAAUUUGAGAGUAAAAAUAGUUCAACAACUCUUGGCUCUUUUGAAAAACUAGUUAAACAAAACUUGGAAGCUAAAAAUGAAGUUCUAUCUUAUCUUGAAAAGAAAUUUAAGGAUGUGGGUCCGGCAAGCGAUUGUGUAGUUUUCCACGAUGGAACAAUGUGGAGGGCUUGCAUAGAUACUACAGAAAAAGGAAAACUAUCUGAAUGUACUUUAUUAGGCGAAUAUUCUCAGACUCAUGAAUAUGGUACACUGACCAACGAUGACCAAUUAAAUUAUUCUGUAAAUGUACACAAUGAAGGAAAUAUAUUGGAAAUAGUUAGCUUGUGCUCUGGUCAUGGAACCCAUGUCGCUUCGAUUGCUUCAGCUUACUUUCCAGAUGAACCAGAAAAAAAUGGAAUCGCACCUGGAGCACAAAUUAUAUCUUUGUGUUUAGCCGAUAAUAGAAUUGGUUCAAUGGAAACAGGAACUGCUCUUGUUAGAGCAAUGAUUAAAGUAAUGCAGUUGUCUGAAAAAAUGCCUAUUCACGUAAUUAAUAUGAGUUAUGGAGAACACGCUCAUUUUUCAUCUUCUGGGCGAAUAGGAUCACUCAUGAACGAAGUGGUAUCCAAUUACAACGUAACAUGGGUUUCAUCGGCAGGUAAUCACGGUCCUGCUUUAAGCACUAUUGUAACGCCACCCGAUAUUAGCACUAAUUGCAUCGUUGGAGUGGGAGCUUACGUAUCUCCUGAAAUGAUGAUAGCGGAAUAUUCAAUGCGUGAAAAACUUCCCGGAAUGCCGUACACGUGGUCAUCCAGAGGUCCGACCAUUGAUGGUGAUAAAGGUGUAACGGUCUGUGCUCCCGGAGGAGCUAUUACAAGUAUGGCUUGUUACACACUUAGAGGUUGUCAACAAUUAAACGGAACUAGUAUGGCAGCACCGCACGUCGCGGGUGCCGUAGCCAUUCUUUUAUCGGGAUUAAAACAAAAAAAUUUAAAAUUUUCCGCAUACAGUGUAAAACGUGCAUUAGAAAAUUCAGCUUUGUUUUUAACUGAUACUGAUGAAUUUGCUCAGGGUUUUGGUUUGCUACAAGUGGAAAAAGCUUUUGAAUAUUUAUGUUUGUAUAGCGAUUCUUUAGAAAGGGAUAUUAGGUUUUCCGUUCAUAGCAGUUCGAAUAACGCAAAAGGUAUCCACAUAAGAAAAUCCAUCCUGGAUAAGCCAAUGGAAUUCACCGUAAAUGUAGAACCUGUUUUUCCUAAAGAUACCGAUAAUAAAUUUAAGAUUGAUUUCAACAUGAGGUUUUCUUUGGUUUGUAAAGAACCCUGGGUUCAAGCUUCUAGUCACUUGGAUCUAAUGAAUAUUUCCAGAAUGUUAUCCGUUCGUAUAGAUCCUGGAUUUUUGUCCGAAGGAGUUCAUACUUCUCUUAUUCGAGCGUACGAUGUUGCUUGCCCUGAUAAAGGAGUCAUUUUUUACGUGCCCAUCACCGUGGUCAAACCACUUCAAAUUAACAACGAUUUGAAUCCUUCUUUGCAUUUUCAAGAUGUUAAUUUCAAACCAAAUACAAUCAAACGUCAUUUUAUCCAUGUUCCGGACAAGGUUACUUGGGCAAAUUUUAUCAUUCGGAAUAAAGAACACGAUAAAACUGGGAAAUUUGUUCUUCACUUUUUGCAAUUAAAACCGAAAACCGUUUGCAAAUCGUUAGAGUUUCAUCGGUUUAUAAAUAUAAAUUCAAACGCAGAAUCUACGUACAGCUUUUCUUGCAAGGGUGGCCUCGUUUUAGAAGUAGUAGUCGCCAAGUAUUGGGCAAAUUUAGGUGAAAUCACGAUUGAUUACUCUAUAGAAUUUCACGGGGUCAAACCCGACAACUCGGUCGUCACUAUGCAGGGAGCCGAUGGUAUCCAUUCUUUAGAAUUACAUUCCGGAGUUAGAUUAGAAGAAAUAGCACCCGCGAUCACGUUAAAAAAUUUAGUAACGGUUUACAGGCCGAACGAAAGUAAAAUCUCUCCAUUGUGUUCUCUCCGAGACGUCAUUCCACCAUCGAGACAAAUAUACGAAAAUGUUUUAACGUAUAAUUUUCAUUUAAAUAAAGCAACGGAAAUAUCCCCGAACGUUUCACUUCUCAGCGAUUUGCUGUACGAAAGCGAAUUCGAAUCUCAACUUUGGAUGCUUUUUGACAGUAACAAACAAUAUUUAGGAUCUGGAGAUGCUUAUCCAUCCAAGUAUUCGAUGAAAGUUGAAAAAGGGGAUUACACGUUGAAAAUGCACGUGCGUCACGAAAAAAAAGAUUUAUUGGAAAAACUUUCGGAUUUGCCCCUUUUAUUGUCUCAGAAAUUGUCCUCGUCGGUGUCGUUGGAUGUUUAUGCUAGUCAAUCCCAGGCAUUGAUAUACGGUAAAAAAAUGGGAAGCGUAAUCAUGCCUCACGGUGGAUACAUACUUCCAAUUUAUAUUGCUCCCUUAAAUUCCGAAAGGCCGAAUAAAGAAUUUCAUCCGGGUCAUUACUUAUCCGGAACGAUUUCUUACACAAAAGACGAAAAUGGGAAAAAAGCCGACGUGUAUCCUUUUAAAUAUAUUUUACCGGAACCUGGUAAGAAAACUUCCGGAAACGAGGAAAAUAAAGAACAGGAUAAAGACAAAACUAAGUAUGCGGAAUACAAAGAAAGUUUAAGAGAUUUAAAAAUCAAUUGGCUCGGGAAGGUGGAGUACGGAACGGAAGCGGAAGCUUUAUACGAAGAGUUGAAGAAUUUGUAUCCGGAUAAUCUUACCGUUCACACGUCCAUGUUGCAAUGUUUGGAACCGAACGAACUUAAAAAUGUCGGCUUGUUGCCGUUAAUGUCGUCGGAUCUCACCCCUGAGGUAAAAGAAGAAAUGGCUGAAAAAGCAAGAAAAAUAAUUUCCGUCGCCGACGAGAUAAUAAACUCUGUCGACGGUCCUCAAAUACUUGCUUACAUGGGAAUGAAAAACGAUUCGAGACCGGAUGCGCAGAAAAUCAAAACGAAAAUGAACGAACAAAAAUUAGCAUUGAUAGAUGCUUAUUGUAGAAAAGGUUGCGCUCUCUGUCGUUUGUUUUACAUAGAAGAAUCAUCGGAUUCGAGAGAGGAUUUCGGGGAUAGUCCCGUGGGAGGAAAUGAAAAUUCCAAUUGGCAAGCGGCAAAUAAUAUAUGGAAAGAAUUGAUGAAAUUCACCGACGUCACAGACAUGAACAUAAUGUAUUUCAUGAUGUGGCAUUCGGCAGCUUGCGGACAUUAUGCAAGAUUGGCCAAAUAUUUACACAAAUUACAAGAGCGUAAAUCGUGUAAGGAAAUUGAUUUGAAAUUGAUCGAAGUUUACAGGAAGCUGGGUUGGGAUCAUUGCGAAAAAUUUCUCACGUCGUGGAUUCCGGACGGUUAUGCGACGCAUUAG